UCCUGGUCUGACUCGGACACUCGCGAGAACUUGAACUCGAACCUUCCCCGGAUGAUGGACGUCUGCCUGACCUCUCCCGCGAGAUUCCCGCCCUAGACCGAGAGGAUGAAGAAAAGGCGCCAAAAAUGCCUGCCCGCGGGUCAAGACCUGGACGUGGCUGCAGACCCGAGCGGUCCCCGUGGGGUCUCCAGACCUGAGCUCCAUGUCAGGCGCGCGUGAGCGCGAGCGCGGGAGGGAUGGAGAACGUCAGCCAGCUGGUCCACGCAGAGCUGUGGAACGACACCCACGCCAACGUGACGUCCCCGGGCGAGAGCCGGGAAGCUAACGUGGCGCUCCGGGCGGGCGUGGCCGUGACCCUGGCCCUCAUCACUCUGCUCACCACGCUGUCCAACGCCUUCGUCAUUGCUACCAUCUACCAGUCGCGCAAGCUGCACACUCCCGCCAACUUUCUGAUCGCGUCACUGGCGCUGACGGACCUGCUGGUGUCCAUCCUGGUGAUGCCCGUCAGCGCGCUCUACACGGUCAGCCAGACCUGGACUUUGGGGCAGGUGGUGUGCGACAUCUGGCUGUCCUCGGACAUCACGUGCUGCACCGCCUCCAUCCUCCACCUGUGCGUCAUCGCGCUGGACCGCUACUGGGCCAUCACGGACGCGGUGGAGUACUCCAAGAAGCGCACGCCGGCGCGCGCCGCGGGCAUGAUCGCCACCGCCUGGGUCAUCGCUAUCUCCAUCUCGCUGCCGCCGUUUUUCUGGCGCCAGGUGAAGGCGGAGGAGGUGACGAGCUGCAGCGUCAACACGGACCACAUCUUCUACACCGUCUACUCCACCUUCGGCGCCUUCUACAUCCCUACGCUGCUGCUGAUUGCGCUCUACGGGCGCAUCUACGUGGAAGCCCGCAAGCGCAUCCUCAAGCAGUCCAACAAGAAGCCCGGGAAGCGGCUCACCUCCGCGCGCCUCAUCACCGACUCGCCGGGCUCCGUGGCCUCCACCAGCUCCCUCAACUACGGGACCAACGACGCGUCGUCCUGCGACACUACCUCGUGCGUGAGCCAAGUCAAAGUCACGGUGUCGGACGCGCUGCUGGAGAAGAAGCGCAUCUCCGCCGCCCGCGAGAGGAAAGCCACCAAGACCCUGGGCAUCAUCCUGGGAGCCUACAUCUUCUGCUGGCUGCCCUUCUUCAUCUACACGCUGCUGGUGCCGCUGUGCGAGUCCUGCUUCCACCCGGAGCUCUUCGACUCCUUCACCUGGCUCGGAUACCUCAACUCGCUCAUCAACCCCGUCAUCUACACCAUGUCCAACGAGGACUUCAAGCAGGCCUUCCACAAACUGCUGCGCUUCAAGUGCUGCCGCCGGGCGUGAAGCCAGGACCGCACGCUGACAUGACACACACACACACACACACACACGCACAGAGUCUGGUACUACUUAGCGGGGAGCCUUCCCCCAGACUGGAGCCCAGCUAGAAUCAGCCAGUUAGUUGGAUGUUUGAAGCCUCAGAUUGAGGCUUGUGGGGACCAGCCAAAUGUCAACACAAAGUCAUGCGGUCCUCACAAGUAAGGAUAAACCAGGUACGCACACACACCUCCUCUCUCUCACACACAUACCUACACACACUCUCGCGGCCGCGUCCACACGACUGAAUUUUGAUUCGUCCCAACAUGGUUCUGACCCAAAACCAAAACAACCUGCCCGUUACGAGGGAGUGAAACACCUUGAUGACGUCAUCCUCGCGCCUCGGCAGCCGCAGUGGUGUGGACGCGGCCGUGGGUCUGGGACGCCAGGACGGGCGUCAGGGAUCCUUCACUGCUGCAUUACCGACUCCACGCAGGUGCGGCACUGGACUGACGCCACCUGCAGACUGGAUCUGCCAUGACGGUCAACAGACGUUGGCUUGUAAAGCACAAAAACUGCGCAGUGUUGCGCUGGCCUGAGCCCCAGGGGCAAAAAAAAAAACACCCUUCUGUCGGUCUAGUUGCCGCGUGCAGUGUGACGGGAAGCACUGGUGCCUACAGGAAGUGGACAUUCUCAGCACCCGACCCGGGUUUGGAGCCCGAUCUCUUCAGCGUGAGCGCCAACAUCCCAAAGCCAGUGGAUUUCCUGCUCUUCACGACAGUGAACAGCAGGGGGCGCCAGACGGCUCGUGCUCACGUGAGCUAGCAAUAACGCUGUGUCAGUGUUGUCAGACCUCAGGCCAGUGAGGCGUGCGUCAUCAGGUCAAGCCCACCGGAGAUCCCCCCCCCCCGAGCAAGAGACCCGGCAACUGAACCACCAGGGGAUGGAGGAAGCUCGUGGGAGCUCAAGAGGCUGAAGAGUCCAGCACUGAGGUCACAGAAAAGCAAGCUUCCUCUCAAACCAAGCUCAGCAGGGGGGAGGGGCCUGAGUGGCUCAUUAGAGCUGAGCCAGGAGGCAGCACCCACUGUGAGACUCGGAGCAGAGCAGGCAUGAGACCCGCGGGUCCCGGGUCAGACGAGGAGCAGGCACAGCCGCUGAAGAGAUCGGGUCGUGACUCGAGGCGUGUGACUCGGCCACUAGGUGGCGCUGGGCCCUCGCCACCCUGCCCAUCAAAACCUGUGAAUGAUGAAAAUGUCACUGCGAUCCCAUCAGUGUUUUCACAUGUUGAAUGUCACGCCGCGGCGCUGCUAAUCCUGUGAAAAGAGCCAUCUAAUCUGAGGUUUGCAGGAGCAGGAAACGAAGGACGAUUGUCUGUGGCUUCUCACCAUCCUCACAUCUGCCGGCGCCGGCUCUCGUGAUGUGAAGAAAUCGCAGAAUUGUAAUGAAACUCACGUCCCGUGACUCUCUCCUGCCAGGGGAGGAGGAAGUGGGAGGAGCAAGUGAGGGCCAGGGCAGGAUUUAACGCUGAAUUUGCACAAUUUCACGAUUGUUUGUUUGUGACUCUGAAAGCUUUAUUUACGUCGCUUGUUCCACGUCUUUGUUUGUCAACAAUAAUCACAACUCAGCAGAAUUGUGCGACUGUAGGACGUGGAGGGAAACACGAGUUCAAUAAAGGUGUUUUUGUAUCCGUGUGUGGCCACACUUCUUCUUCCACGUCUGUCCAUGUUCCUGCAGCGCCGCGCUGCCUCCAGUGGUGGAGAUGCGAACCACACUUGCCUCAGACCUCGGUCCUUUGAUCGGUGAAAUCACCAAAGAGGGACACAGCUUCCUCCGUUUCACUCUCACACUGGUGUUUUUC